AUGAUGUCGGAUCCCGAUGACCUAUCUUUUUUGUCCGAUCAAGGACGAAAAAAUGUGAUUGAGGAAAUGGCAACUAGUCAAUUAAUUGACUAUUCCCUCCGUUCUCCCAGCACCAAGACCCAAGUGGAAUCCAUUAAUCGUCAAGUCUCCUCCCUCGAAUUCCACAUCGACCACACAAAAGUCAUUCUCAAGUCGGAAGACGCCACAGAUAUGGAAGUCAGAUUUAUAAUGUUUCAAGAGAGAAAUAAGAAGAACUGUUCUGAGACUGAGACCCGAAUCCCUAUGCCAAAUCCAAUUUCCAUUCAAUCUCAUGCAAUAAUUAAUCAGGAGUAUCAAGUCACUGAUAUGUGGAAGCAACCGGAUUACUGUACCUGGCAACAAUGGCUGUGUCACCUCAGGGACAUUUUCCACUGUCAAAAUGUGAAACUAUUCUUUAAAGGUAACGGAUCCUUCAAGUAUUCAGUGGAUUCCAUCAAGGAAUUGUUCAAAGGAUUCAACAUCAUCGGUGUUGGUGUAGAUGAAGCAUCUCGAGGGGACUUAAUGGAGCUCCUUGAGACAUUUAAGCCAACCAAGGACAUCCGGAUAAACUAUCUUGAUCAGGAUAUCCUGGAACUUCUUCCAAAGGACCUCAACUUUUUAAAAUUUGGAAAACAGAUAAAAAUGAAAGCGGAGGAGUUGUUAGCGCUGGAUAGCAAGGUUAUCGAAGUCCACUUCUCAAAAAUUAUGGAAAUCGGAGUCCAGCAAUUCAUUAAACAAUGGACAAAUAUGACUAGCAACGUCAACUUGGAAUUUUUGUCACUUCGAUAUGAGAAGAAGACAUUUCCUGGAGAGGAUAGAAUAAUCGCAAAAAUCCCACGGAGAGUGUUGUCAAAGGAAGGUAAGAGGUUUCGAGCUGUGGUGCCUGAAUCUACAUGGGCAUAUGUUAGUGGAGCAUAUGAAUUGAAGAGAGUGGAUGGGAAAAUGGCUACGGUGGUUUUCGAGCAGGAGUCGGAUGUCAGGUGGAUCAAAUUUUAUGUUCAUCAAUAG